AUGUGUCUCUACAGAUGGAUCUCAGAGGAAUGGGAGCAUUGCACCAAAACCUGCGGCAGCCUGGGCUUCCAGAUCCGGACGGUCCGCUGUGUGCAGCUCCUCCACGAGGGCACCAACCGCUCCGUCCACAGCAAGUACUGCAGCGGGGAGAAGCCGGAGAGCCGGAGGCCCUGCAACAGGGUCUCCUGUCCGGCCCAGUGGAGGACCGGAGCCUGGUCAGAGUGCUCUGUGACCUGUGGUGAGGGGUUGGAGAGGCGUCUGGUCUCUUGCCGGAUCGGAGAUCAAUGUAACGGAGAAAGACCUGAAAAUGUGAGAACAUGCAGACCAGGACUCUGCCACGAUGAGCCAUGUAAUGGAGACAAAUCCAUCUUCUGCCAAAUGGAGGUCCUAGCACGCUACUGCUCUAUUCCAGGCUACAACAAACUGUGCUGCGACUCGUGCACCAGACGCGGUGGAGCUCUGUUCCCGGAAGCGGCUGAGACGGAGGAUCAUGUCCGCUUCGGCUCAGCCUCCCAGCUGCUGGAUACAUUAACAGCCUCUGCAGCGGCCAACGGCACUCGGCGAGGAAAACAAGGACCAGGCAAGGGAUCCAGCGCCUCAGUCAAUGCUGUGAAACACGCCCCUGCCCCACUUAAGAAAACCCUGUUGAAGAUCGCUACCACAGCACGGCGGGUACCACCACACAUGGCUCACACUGGCAGGAAGCUGCCCGCUAUGGCACCAUCUCCCCUGGCUGAUUCCACACAGGGUCAAAGGUCGGGCAGCGUGACAGAUAGCGGGUGGCCUACAGCGUAUUCUGAAGUGGAGAGAUGAAAGAAACGCCCCUUUCCCGUCAGGACUUUCAAUAAUGUACUGCAGAUUAUCCAGCUUCAACCUGAGUCUUCUCACGCCAAAAACACCAGAGAGAAACGCAGAGAAAGAAAGAAAAAGUGCUGGUUCACUUUGUUGUUAAGAAUUUCCAUUCCUUUAUGCCCCUCGUAUUGACUUUUAAUAUAUAAUCUUCCAGGUAGCUCCCAGAGUAUAUUAUUACUUAAAUUGAGUUUCUUUGAUUUCAUUCAUUUAAUUGAGAGGAGUAAAUAAUACAAUAAAAUCCAAUUAAAGGGGCCGCAAGGGAAAUGUCAUCCCAUGUGAAAAGAUCAAGGAAACAAAGUGUUGGUAGUUAAUAGUGAAUAAUUUCAGGGAUACAAAAUAGCCAAAGGAUAUAUUAUUAUUCAUUUAAUUUACUCCAGACUAACAGUAUAUAUAACAAAGAAAUUGUGGUUUAGUUCCAAUUGAACCCUUUUACCCAUCGGAGUAUUGAAGCUUUUAUUUAAAGUCAGGUGAAAGGUAUGGGCGAAGGUGUACAUAUUCCCCCUCUGGUUGCUCUUUUUUCUGGUCAUUUAAUGAAUCAGGGCCCCUGUGUCUGCAGAGCCUCGCAGCCUCCAGAAAACCUUCAGCAGACAGUAGAGAGAAAAUGUCAAUAGGUGCAAUAAUUACAGCUGAUUCAAUUUGUGAAGAUGUAUGCACACUGCAGAAAGACAACUCAGUACAGGAAUAAAACAGAAAUACAUGUUGCACUUGUUACAAAAAACAACACGGCUCGAGUGCAAAUUGUUACAUUCACCAUUUUGUUAUUCCUAAAGUUGAUCCCAGAUACUUUUUGUUUGAUUAACAUUGCAUUACAGCAAGUUUCGACUAAUUAAACACCAGCAUUUGAAAUCUAUGAUCUCUCACCUUGGAUGGGAGGUUUUAUUUGCUAUGAAUUAAUCUAACAAAUGACAUGUAUUGUAAUUUAAAGUUGCAGUUGAUGGAAACAGAGAUGUAAAACGGAAACAGAGAUGUAAAACGGUAAUUCUGAUGCAGCUGAAAAUGUACUUGAACGUUACAAACUACCAAUUUCUUGCCAAAAAAUGUAAGUGUGAAGCUUGACUUACGGAGAACCCACAUGUCCUAGUAUGUGAGAAGUCACUGCAUUUUAUAAAAUUAAACACUAGUCUUUAUAUGGCCACAAAUGCAAAGUGGCACAACCAUUGGAAAUGGUUGAAGUUGUAUAGAUUUUUUUUUAUAUAGAUCCAGCAAUGUCAGUUAAAUGGAGCUCUACAGUUUCUAUUGAAAUGGGUAUUUAUAAAGGAUGCUGUAAAUACUGUGUAUGAAAAUAUCAGUAUUAUUUUUAAGAAGCUGAGGACACUUUCAAAAAACAUUUUAAUCAAUUAUAAAAGCAUUUAUGUUACAGCAACAGUGUUACAAGGACAUACACAACUAUUUUACCCUGUAUGUGAAUGCCAAGUUCUCUGGGGUGAAUGUUUCUAUGACAAUAGUUCAACAAAACUCUUAGCUUAGCUUAUUUUUAGCUUAGCCUAACAAUUGGAAGCAUGGGGAAACAGCUAGUUCUGCUUCAAAACGUCUAAAGCUCAAUUUUGACAUGUCCUAUCUUUGCUUAAUUAAUCAGAAAAAGUGUAGAAAACAAACCAAAAGGAUUUUGGUUAACAUUGAGCCAGGCUGUUUUCUAUUUGUUUCUCGUCUUUGCUAGGCUAAACUAAGCUAAUCAUCUUCUGGCUGCCAGUUCAUCUUAACUGUGCAGACCCAAGUGUGGUAUGAACUUCUCCUCUUAUUUUUGGUGAGAAAGCAAAUAACAACAUUUCUGAGAAUAUCAAAUGUUUCCAUCCAUCCCGGAUUUUACCUUUUCUCUAAAUUAGAAGUGUGUUUACUGCUAGCCAUUGACCCUUUUCGACUCUCUGUUUUGCCCUCCUUGUGAAAGUGUGUGCCCAGACAUACGUAUCAAAGAAGGGAACAUAUUUAACAAAUGUUCUCAAUAAUGUAUGUUCAAUACAGCAGUGUCUUGUUCAGCCAGAACAGAUUGAAAAUGGAGGCAAAAAAACAACACCAUGCAACUGAGAAGAUGGGACAAUGGAAAAGCAAACACACAACUUGAAAUUGAUAAUUGGUUCUGGCUUUUUUUGGAUUAUUUUAUACAAUGACAUAAACUGUUGAUUUUGUAUUCCCUUAAAGCUACAUUAAGCGUGUUUUGACCACUAGGGGGCAUAAAGCCUCCCAAACAAACUACCAGUUAGCAUAUGUACACAUCCAGUAGAGAGUUAGCUUGAUUAGCAACACAUUGAAACAUCUUUGUUCACCUGAUGAAUUAAAAUCCAAAACUCACUCUUCAGUACUUGCUCUGUUUUGGUCUCGACCAACUCCCAAGUGAAAUCUGCUUCUUGACCGAUUUUUCACGUUUGGUGCUAACAAACACAUAUUUUUUUUUACCUGGGAGUUGUUAAAGAACUAUCAUUCUAUAAACCGUGGGGGCUGCAAGUCUUCAUUCUCAGCUGUUUCAUGUCUUUACAUACAUGACACAAUCAUUUGAUACAUUUUUAUUUUAUUUAAUAUUUAAAAAAACGUGCUUAAUGGAGCUUUAAGAUCGUCACAACCAAUUAGUCAAAACAAGGUUUAUUUCACAUGUUGUGUUUGAAUGAACAAAGCCUCAUUGUAAGCACAAUACGCUAAAAAUGUUUUUGCUGUAUGUGGAACAUGCCCCCCCUCCCCCCUCCCCCAACUUAUUUACAGAAUGGCUUUUUUAUGGUGAAAAAUGGUUCAGGAGAGAGGAAGCUAUUUAUUUAAAAAGAAAAAAAAGGAUUUCUUUACAACCACAAUGCAUCUGACUGCAAUAGCAAAGACACAGUUGUGUUUUCAGCAAAUGAACAACUAUUCACACUCACUCCUGUGUGCCAAUGUGUAGUACAUGUAUAUAGCAUUCAGUACGUAGGUAUUUAUUUAAAGUAAAAGGGCUCUGCUUUGUUUUUACAAUAUGUGCAGUGCCGGCAGGUCAAUAAGCUGCAGCAGAUAAACCAUUGAAUCACUUCUAAUGACAAUUUUUCAUCUGCAUUUUCAUGGAUUUCAACUUUUUUUUUAAACAUGAUGGUAUAUAAAUUACAUUGUUUUUUACAAACAAUUAGAUGUAAAUAUACAUGCUCAAUUUUGAGAUGUUUUACUUGUUGUCAGAAAGCUGUCUUUUCACAGCUGUUUUGUUGAAGUUGUUAACAGAGCUGUUACAUCACAGCAACAUGUACUGACCAGACAAAUGCUUUAUUUUAACCAAUAAAACAUUAAUAGUGUAGUACCAGUAACCAAGUCUUUUGUAUGCUGUAACUGUUUGUAGUUGUCAGUAUUGUCUAACCAUUUGACAUUUUGCCCCCUUGUUCUUUUGAUUGCUGCCUAUACAACAUUGCUGCUAAUGUUACGCAGAGCUUGUAAUGAUAAAUAGUUGUAGAUGUUACAUUGACAAUCCCUGACCCUCAGACAGAUAUUACUGCAUAGGAUUCUCCAUGUACUGUAACGAUAGCCCCUGUGCUACCUGUGCAUUGAAGCCUACGAUUGUCAUGAAUGUCAGUCACUCUCUGCUCUAUUUGCUUUUCUCUGUAUUUGUGUAGAUUGAAGUGUACACUACUGAUGCUGUUUGUUGUAUUGGGGAGCACAUAGCAAUAAAAGACAUGAUUAACUUC